GGUCGUCUCUCGGCCCUUGCGCUUGCGUACUACGGCUCGUUCCCGUCACCGCGGCCCGGAUCGGGAAGUGUCUAGUGGGAACCGGGUUCCCCCGCCUUUGCCGUAGCUACUGCUGAACCCGGACGCCUCAUCCCGGCCGGGCACUACCGCCAUGACGAACGUGUACUCCUUGGAUGGAAUUCUGGUGUUUGGUUUGCUCUUUGUUUGCACCUGCGCCUACUUCAAGAAAGUACCUCGUCUCAAAACCUGGCUGCUCUCAGAGAAGAAAGGAGUUUGGGGUGUGUUUUACAAAGGUAAGGUCUUAUCUGGACACAGAGAGGAGAUGGCAGUUUCUGGGCAGGUGUGGGCAACAGACUGCUGUGAUUGGGACCCGACUGCAUGCUGCUGUUGCAAUUGCCUGCAUUGUAAUGGCUUUUUACGUCCUGUUUAUCAAAUGAAUUCCAAAGUAUCCUACUCAUCAACUGCCAACCAAGGGGAUAAAGAUGAAGAACUUGUCGGAUACCUGGACCCAGUGUAGGAGAGUUCAGCUAAAAUCAUCGGUAUCCCUAAGAUGAUACCGCAGCAUCUGCCUGCCAUAUGUGGGGAAAACUCAUGGUCACAAACAUUAUUUUUGCUCCAGGGGACUCCAGAAAGCCAACUUUUUGAUCUCUGUAUUAAUCAGCCCUCAGCAGCAAGCAUAUAUCUUCAGAUAAAUCACACCCCUUAGUGAUAUGAUUAUAUACCUCCUGCUUAAAAACCUGGGUCCGGUGGUAGCUCAGUGGUAGAGCAUUUGCUUAGCAUUGUCAAGGUCCUGGGUUUGAUCCCCAACACUGAAAAAAACAAAAAAACAAGCUACACUUGGUCAUCUAUUUUGCUCUUCAGUUCCUCAUCAGGACCUUUUAAAACUGAGGGUCAUUAGGGAAGGAUAUAGGCUGUGUUCAGACUUCCUGGAAGUCAAGACUUUUUUUAAAGACAGGGUCUCAUAUAUAGCCCUGGCUGUCCUGGAGCUCUCUAUGUAGACCAGGCUGACCUCGCCUGCCUCUGCGUCUUGAGUGCUGGGAUUAAAGGCGUGUUCCAGAAGA